AGGGAUCAAAUAGAGCGCUACGUUCCAAGAUACCUGAUUUUCUGCCUCUUGUGGGCUUUCUCCGGAGACUGUAAACUUAAGACUAGAGAAGAUUUGGGCAAAUUCAUUAGGAGUAUCACCACAAUCCCUUUGCCCUCAAGCACAUCAUCAUCCAUCGUGGACUUUGAGGUAUGAAGAUUGUGGUCAGACAGUUAAUAAACAGCUGGUUUUUAAGAAUGACAUAUACUCCUUUCCCCCUAGCCCUGCCUCAAAUACUACUUAUUAAGAGUUAAGUCAUUACAGGGAAAUCUAAGACCGAGGUUUGAUGUAUUGACCGAGCGAUAGAAUUCAGAAUGCCAAUGUUUCGAAAAGCCAAAAACCAGAAUUCCAAUCGUUGGAAAAGCUAAAAUUCAGAAUUCCAAUGUUUGGAAAAGCCAAAAUUUAGAAUAUCAAUGUUUGGAAAAGCGAAAAACCACAAUUCUGAUCUUUGGAAAAGCAAAAAUUAAGAAUUCCAAUCUUUGGAAAAGCAAAAAUUAAGAAUUCCAAUCUUUGGAAAAGCAAAAAUUAAGAAUUCCAAUCUUUGAAAAAGCAAAAAUUCAGGAUUGCAAUGUUUGAAAAAGCCAAAAUUCACACUCCUAAUGUUUGGAAAAGCCAAAAACCAGAAUUCCAAUGUUUGGAAAGGCGAAACUUCAGAAUUCCGAUGUUUGGAAAAGGCAAAAACCAGAAUUCCAAUCUUUCUGGAAGGCCGAGGUUGGGGAUGCUUUAGUUUGUAUUUCUGUUCACCCGAAGACGACAUCUUAAAGUCACUAAUUCAACACAAACCUGAAAGGAGUUAGAUCAAGCACUCUUAUUGAGCGCUCAUAACAACAGCAAACACCUUCGAUUUCGUUGAAAAUAGAACGCUAAGCGUCAACUUCCUUCGUUGUGACAUAUUACGGAGCUUAACGGCGUUUUUGAGCGAUGCACGCAAGGUUAUGGAUGUUAACAGAUUUAUCUUUUGUUUCCAGGUCACUAUUCAAGGUGAAUGGGUGCUAUGGCAAUCCAAGGUGCCUCAAAUUGAAGUGGAGACUCACAAAGUCGCAGCACCUGAUGUUGUCGUUCCAACAAAUGAAGCACUCUUGUACACGUGGCUGGCUGAACAUAAGCCCAUGGUUCUUUGCGGCCCACCAGGCAGCGGCAAGACCAUGACACUCUUUAGCGCAUUGAGAGCUUUGCCUGAUAUGGAGGUAUGUAAUAGGGCACUCCCGGGUUCCAAAAACCCUCACUUUCAAAACGAGGCCAAGUGCACAACCGUUGUUGUGAAAAUGAGUUUUAUUUGCAUGAGAAUAGAAAAACAUUUCCAUAUCAAAGGCUGAGCACUUAACCUCGUUUUGAUACAGAGGCCCGGGGAAACUCGAAAAUAGCCUAUUUCAAAGGUGGAAGAGAUCAGUUUAGCUUUAUUUGGCUUGCUUCAAAGACUUCCUGCUAAGACAAUUCGGUAUAUGACCCGAAGAACAUUGCCACUUAACAAAAAGGUCAGCUUGCAAGGCACAGGGAGUAAACUUACAAGGGGCACGUUUGGACGGUUGUAAGAGCACUUCUUUUCAGACAAAUGUUUAAUUAAAUUUUGUAAGUUAUUCGAUAAGGUUUAGGAUUUUCUCUCAGGAGAAGUGGUACGCUUGGUAAGGAGAUUAGGAGAUGUUUACCUUGGUAAACUGUUAUUACAGUGAUUGUCUAAUGUCAUGGUUAGUAUACCCUCACGUGACAUUGUGCCAUCCUCUCAUGGCAGGUUUCACGUAGGUUUUGACCUUCUUGAAACCCUUCUCUUUACAGGUUGUCGGUUUGAACUUCUCUAGUGCAACCUCUCCUGAGCUGCUGUUGAAAACGUUUGACCAUUACUGCGAGUACAGACGAACUCCAAAUGGAAUCGUUUUGGCCCCAGUGCAGCUUGGCAAAUGGAUGGUGUUGUUCUGUGAUGAGAUCAAUCUUCCAGACAUGGAUCAUUAUGGUAAAUACUUCUCAAACUCAUAAAUAAUUUAAAAAGAAAAUACAAAGGUAGUUAAUGUUUUAUGAGUGUUUAAAAAUCAGAUGAAAAACUGCUCAUUUUUGCAUCCUUAAUUUCUCUGUCUAAAAUCAUUUUGUUUGAGAAGUAAUAUCAAGCAUUCGACACAAUGUUUCAUCACCAGAUGAACCACCUCGAAGUUCGUCAAAAAUACUCUGCUACUGGUCGUAUUUUCAACUCUGUUCUGAGUGUUUUAUCUGGUGAUAAAACACUGCGUCUCAUGCUUGAUAUAUUACGUCAUAGUCUGUGAGCACACUCUCGACGUGGUGGAUAUCACGCGAAGUCACGCGCGAGAGGCACCACUCGCGUUUCAGCUGAUCGCGCGUUCUCUCACGGCUCCCUUUGUUUUUCACUCGAAAUGAAGAGCUUGCUUGCAGGCUAAAUUCACCAAGACAAAAAAGAUCAAUCUUCCAGACAUGAACCAUUAUGGUAAAUACGUCAUAGUCUAUGAGCACACUGUCUACGUGGUGGAUAUCGCGGGAAGUCACGCGCGAGAGGCACCCCUCGCAGCUUGCUCGCUGGCUAAAUUCACCAAAACAAAAAAGAAUGGUCAAUUAAAACCUUUCCAAGCCAAUGCAGUACGUAACAGGGUACCCAGGGUAAGUUGCUUGUGAGGGAGCUCAAACGAACAGAACAAUGAAUUACCUUUGAUUCUGAGUCGUGAUCAGUCGACGGGUGUACGCAUUAUUGGAUAAAAAGGUCCAGGAUCACACCUCCGAGUAAAAGCGCAAGAUGUGAAUGUGUACUUACCCCAAUUCUUCACCGAUCGCUCACGCUCGACCUUCGCGGUCUCAACGUGGAGACCGCGAACCCUACAUAAUUCGGGGCAAACAGGAAAAUCAAAUAGAAGUUCAUUUUGUAGGGAGUUUAUGCUAUUGCAUACAAUAGCAAGCAUACCAAUACAGGAUACAUAACGGUGCUAUUUUAUGUAACGAUAUUAUAAUGAGUGACGUUGCGUUCUUUCUGUAGGUACACAGCGUGUGAUCUCCUUCUUGAGGCAAAUUGUUGAGCAUGGCGGGUUUUACCGCACCACAGAUCAAGCCUGGGUCACCAUGGAGAGGAUACAGUUUGUUGGAGCCUGCAAUCCACCCACUGACCCUGGAAGGAAACCUCUCUCACACAGGUUGGCUUUUGUCAAGUUUCCACCCACAUGGGUGGUCGGACAUAGUUUGAGGAUCCUUGUGUGAGCCUUUCGAAAAAGAUAUAACGGAAAUAUAUUCAGAUUUUAAAUUUUUUUUUGAAAUUGCCUCGGUGAGAAUUUUUCCUCUUGGUCCGUUUCUGAGUAGGUCUUGUAGGUGUUCAAAGUAAAAUGACCGAAACGGGAAGAUUGAAAGUACCUAUUCGAAUUUGGGGCCGUUUUGGCAAGUAAAAUACAGCACCCCAGUAAGGUUUAAACUGGCUAUUUUGAUGACGGCCAAAUGGUGUAACUUUUGAGGGUUUAUAUGGAGCGCGAAUUGAAGACCCCAGAGUGGGGUUAAAUCUUUCUUUGAUAAAAUUAAAUCUUCACUUAAAAGCUUAAACAGAGCAACAGCUUUCAUUAAGAGUUAUCCUUAUAAACCCUUGAGACUAAAAAAUCCAAAAAAUCCCUAGUAUGCUUCCAUUUUGCAGCAAAUUUUGCUGUGGUGUUGUUGGUUCAAUGUCGAGUGGUAAACUCAUAUUUCAACAAUCGUCAAUCAGCAAUUUUUGGUCCUUUUCAUUUCUUACUUGAAUUUCCUUAACUUACUGUUGAAUGUUUGCCAUUUCAAAUGCAACAGUUGUAUUUCCUUAACAGUAAACUGUCUUUUUAUUGUCAGAUUCCUACGUCAUGUACCAGUCAUUUAUGUUGACUACCCUGGUCCCACCUCGCUCACUCAGAUCUAUGGCACAUUCAAUCGUGCCAUGCUAAGAAUUGUUCCACCGCUUAGAAGCUAUGCGCAACCUCUUACUGAUGCAAUGGUGGAGUUCUACUCUAUGUCCCAGGUAAAAACGAGUCUAUAGAGCGAUUUCUUUACAAGGUCACAUCGGUCAUAUUAAUGUACAGAAAGCAAUGAAACGGCUUCCAUGUUGGUGUACCAAGCCAGUCCUGUGGAAGGUGAAUUGUUUUCUUAUGAAACAACGAAAGCUUUUUUAAGUGGAUUCUUGCUUGCAACUAGGGUAAUGACUACAUUAAUAUCAGUUAAAUCUGUAUCUUGUAAUAAUAAGCCAAACUGAAUCGGUGACUUGGAAGACAAUAAAGGAAAUCAUUAGAGCAACGAAGAUACGAACUACCGUAACAAUUAGCGAAAUGAAGAUUUAAAUUAUUUAUCAUUUUAGAAACUACAUCAAACAUGACACAGUCUUCUAUCCGAGGUUCAAAUACCUUAAACUCCUCGGUGUUUGGAUAUUGGACGUAACACUGUGACUCCAGUUUGAUGUAUUAGAUCACAGGAUUAAAACGCGUCGUCAAUUUUUUUAGGAACGUUUCACUCAAGACAUGCAGCCCCAUUACAUCUACAGUCCUCGUGAGAUGACUCGAUGGGUUCGAGGCAUCUGCGAAGCACUGAAACCGUUGGAGACUCUUUCAAUCGAGGGCCUCGUUCGUUUGUGGGCACACGAAGCACUGCGACUUUUCCAGGAUCGGUGAGAUUUAAGUCACACUAUACAGGAUAGGUCAUAGAUUUUAGCUUACAUUGGAUAUACUAUUUCUUAAGGCUAAGAGCAAGUUCUUAACGUCUCAUUUAGCUGUAGCUACAAUCGGCGACAAAAUUAGUUGAGGCACUUUGCCCGAAAAGGGCUUUUUGAUGUUUUAUCAACUUUAAAAGGGGAAAAUAAAGCUUUUCUUCCCUCAUCCCCUCCAUGAAAUGUUGUGCCGCUGUUCAAGCUACCUGUAGAAAACAUCAAACACCCCAACUUUGAAUGGAGGGGAGAGAGGAGGGGUGUGGAUUCGUUUGUUCUCUGAAGUUAACCUAUUUAAGUACAAUGUGUCAAAAAUUUUGUCGCCUAUUGUAGUUCGUAUUUUUCGUGGACGUUACUAAAUUCUAUUGACGUGAUUCUUUUUCAAGUUCAGUGAAUUCUAGACUUCUACAAGUGGACCUCUUAUAAUUUCUUGAAACGACCUCAAUGAGGAAAAGCGAGCGAGCUUCAAGGAAGUCACAACAAAACGAGCGAUGAAGUCGCGAGGUCGACUUGUUUUCGCCUGAAGGGAUUUAAAUCAUACUAUAAAUUCACGCGGGAAAAAAACAAAUUGGGGCGUCUUCUUAGAGCUUCCAGAUUACGUCAUUGUGAAACCCUCAAUCUACCAUUUUUCAAUUGUCAUGACAUCAGCGAAAUUUUUUUCGGUGAAUUUCGCGCCCAACAGAUACGAGAAGUCCUGUAAAAUGGCAUAACAAACCAGGGGGUGGGGGAUAAAGUAAAGUCUUAGUGAAUUUUUGAUGACUUUGUUUUUUGUUCAUUGUCUUUUACCAGGUUGGUAGAAGACGACGAGCGCAAAUGGACAGAUGAAAACAUCAGCAUGGUCGCGUUGAAACAUUUUCCCAAUGUUGACAGCAAUGCAGCUCUAAAGCGACCAAUCCUAUACAGCAACUGGCUGUCAAAGGAUUAUAUUCCAGUUGAUCAGGAGGAGCUGAGAGAUUUCGUGAAAGCUAGACUGAAGGUAUGGACUAUGAUAUACGGAUGAUAUGAUAUGGAUGAUAAUUAUAAUUUGUAGGUGCAGCUUCAAGCGGAGUUUCAUACUUAAGAAAAGCAAUGCUUACCCAUAUGGAAAAUCGGAACGUGACGCUUGUAGAGUCCUCAAGCUUACACAAGAAACCUGACGUUGUAAUGUGCACCAGGACGUUGAGUGCAUUGUUAAAAUUGACUUGCCAAAAUUGAAGGUGAUUCUUUGGAUGUUUGUGUUCGUGUUUAUCCAAUGAAGGGAAUUUUUUAGACAUCACAGUUCCAUCCGCAAUUAGCAAAGACUAUCCUCCCAACGCUUAACUACAAAUACCCCUGAUGAUGAGAUGAGACGUACAUUUGUUGAAUUUCAAUACUUGCCCUUUUGCUUUUCAAAGGUGUUUUAUGAAGAGGAGUUGGAUGUUCCGUUGGUGUUGUUCAAUGAAGUGCUUGACCAUGUUCUGAGGAUCGACAGAAUCUUCAGACAGCCACAGGUUAGUUAAAAAUUGGAAUUUUGAGACGAAGAGUUCUGAAAACUUUGAGGUAGUAUUUUUGCUGUUGUUGAAUACCACUUACCAUAUAUGCAACUUUUAUCAGUGUUUUGUGACGUCAUGUGCAACUUUUUAAUCCUCAGGGCCACUUGCUGUUGAUUGGUGUGAGUGGAGCUGGAAAAACCACACUGUCCAGAUUUGUGGCGUGGAUGAAUGGUUUAAGCCUUUUCCAAGUCAAGGUUUGUAUAAUGUUUUAAAAGGUAAUUUGUUUACAAAAAAAUGUGUAGGUGUGGUGGUCUCGUGCUUAACGAGUCAGAAACUGGGUCUAGCGGGGUGGAUUCCGGUCUUGGCUGUGCUGAAGAGUUGUUUCCUUGUAUAAGGAACUGUCUCUUCAUAUAGGUUUUUAAUUGUAUACCAGUGUCAUACUGCUCUAGGUAACUCUUUCGGGGGUCUUAUCAUCCGGGUGGGGGGUGCGGGGUUGGUUGUAGUAAAGCUUUUAGAUGUCGCGUGCUACUAAGUCAGAAUAAGCUAUGAUAAUAAUUAUGGACCUUUUUGGCGUGCAGUUUGCCUUUGUUAAAACUUAUUGUUUGCUCAGAUAGUUAAAUGGUAAGUAUGUUGUCGAGGCCUGACAUCUUUGUAUUUCACAUUACUAGAUUCACCGCAAAUACUUGGCUGCAGAUUUUGAUGAAGAUUUGCGAGCGGUGCUCAGACGAGCAGGUUGUAAGAACGAGAAGAUUGUCUUUAUUUUGGAUGAGUCCAACAUUUUAGAGUCAAGCUUCCUGGAAAGAAUGAACACUCUUUUGGCAAAUGGAGAGGUAAAAAAAAAAUAUGGAUUGAAAUAUAUGGUGGGGGAGGUUUCAAUGUAAAGACGACUGUACACAAUGCCCCUUGGAAUGGGUUCUCUGUUAAAAAAUAUUUACAAUGGGCACGUUUUCAUCUAUAAAUUAAUAAGGUAGAACCAUCUUUUAAGGCUUAAUAAGCAUCCUUAAGCAUAUGAAUAAUAAUUCAAUAAGCAUUGAUUUUCCAAUAUUCUUAUAUUGUUGUCUGUAAUUUAGGUUCCUGGAUUGUUUGAAGGCGACGAGUACACCACACUGAUGACACAGUGCAAAGAAGGAUCACAAAGAGAGGGCCUGAUGUUGGAUAGCAGUGAGGAGCUGUACAAAUGGUUUACACAGCAGGUUAGUUGAUACAGGAGGUAGCUUGCGCGCAAGCUCUCUAUUUCGUUCCCUUGUCACGCGAGAACGCACGAGGGAGGGGCAGCUCUUUUCUUUCCCCGCCUCGCGUUCGCGUCUCCUUUCGCGCGACUUAUCACGAUAUCCCCCAAAUAGUGGGCUUUCACGCCGGCUGUCGAGAAGACCCUGGGUUGGACUCGCAACCCGUAGGGUUGGGUGCGAGUCCCGCCCCGACUCCCAGAGCCCCUGGUCCAAUUCCCGCCCUGAACAACUGACACCAUGGUCCUAGUCCCUGCCCGACUCCUUGCGCCUCAGGUGCGAGUCCCACCCUAACCUGGUCCGAGUCCUGCCCUGAUCCCUGGUCCCUGGUCCCUGGUUGGAUUUUUCUUUCAGUAUCCUCGUAUUUGACGCCUCGGCCAUACUUGUAAAUAACCUACUGAUUUGCGUCCCGCCAGUUGAAGAAGAUGGUUAAACUUCCCCAAUGCACAGCGUAUUUUUAAAGGUUGGAUAUCAUAGCAGCACGUUCUUUGUCAUUUUCUCAGGUCAUGAACAACCUGCAUGUUGUUUUCACCAUGAAUCCAUCAUCGGAGGGACUAAAGAGCCGUGCAGCGACGUCUCCUGCUCUGUUCAACAGGUACGCGCUAACCUGACGAACACUAUAACUUUGAGUUGAUUAAGCUAACUUAAUAUCUAUACGCCCAUGUCGUGCAUACAUCCAUCACCAUUCUUUUUCAUUCAUGGUGAGAGGCCAUUUUCGCUGAUUUAUCUUCAGACCGCCAUUGAAAAUUCUUGUCAUUUCAGAUGUGUUCUCAAUUGGUUUGGCGAUUGGUCCACUGGUGCGCUGUAUCAAGUUGGCAAGGAGUUUACCAGCAAGAUUGACUUGGAAAAAUCCAACGUAAGUACAAGACAUUCCGAAGAACAAAGAUAGAGCAAAAAAUAUUUAAUGAAACCGUCAUUAAAAACGGUAGUCAAGAUCCUGGAGUCCUAGAUCGUUAAAACUGAUGACGUCACAAGCGGUAGAAGAGACGUGGAUCCGCACGGGCGGUUUCGGGCGGUUCAGGGGCGAAUGGGACAAUGGAAAAUUUCACGUUGCAAUGGUGCAUUGACGGUACAGAAAUGAAGCCAAAAGUUUGAUGCAUGUGCAGAGUUGUUAUUGUUGUUGUUGUUUGCUAUUGAAAAGAAGCGCUUUAUCUGAAAACGAAGGUACUAAAUGAGGACACAAUUUUACAUCUUCUACUAGAGACGCGACCUCCAUUUUUUGUGGUCAUCAGAGCCUCGCGAAGGGAAUACCUUUAUUACUCAGUUAUUGUAGAGCCCUCAGAGUAUUGGCCCAGUCCCGGGGAUCGAACCCACGACCUGCCGCAUUAAAAUCAAAGUUUUUCUUAGCCGUCCCCGUCGUAGUCACGUGAUCUCCUUAUUCAAGUGGUCAUCGUCGAAUAACAUUGAUGAAAGGGCCUUUUUGGAUACGUGUAGGGUUGUGUACUGUCUGGUUUGAUGACAAAUGUAUGGUAUUCUGUUUCUGCUUUUUUACACAGUACACUCCUCCGGACUACCUACCCAAAGUAUAUGAAGACCUUCCAAUGUCACCCACUCACAGAGAAGCUGUCAUCAACGCAUUUGUGUACGUUCAUCAAACUCUACACCAGGCCAAUGAGCGCUUAGCCAAACGAGGAGGUCGAGUGAUGGCUAUCACACCCCGACACUACCUGGACUUUAUUAACCACUAUGUAAGUAUGCUUGGUGAAUUUUACACUACAGUAUUUGUUAGUCAUUACCAGAAAAAUACAUACUUUCCAUAAUGUAGUUAUCAGUUCUAGUACGGUGGAAAUACAUUCAUUUUUACAAAUCCGCAUUCAUUUUAGUCUUAGCAAAUCUGGUAAGCAUUUUUACGUGGAGAUAAAUAUCACGGUAAUAAAACUGAUCACUACGCGUAAGUAUAUUUCCCGUUAGUGACCAGGAAAAGAUGUAGUGUGACGGCUAAACAGAUAUGCUGUAAAUGAAUCCACCCAAAGAACGAAAGCCCAGUUUGAUUGAAUGCGUUAAGACUAAACUUCAUCCAACGCGAAGGACCAUGUCCCAACAUGUUGGCCACGUUUGACGGCUUCGUAGAUCAUCGCCAUGACUUGGUGGAAAUUUCAGACUAUAAAAUGAUUUUAUGAAUUAUCUUUCAAUCAGUGAUAAUUCUGUUUUUUGUAUUUUAGGUCAAACUUUUCAAUGAAAAGAGAUCGGACCUAGAAGAGCAGCAGCUUCACUUGAAUGUUGGUCUACAGAAAAUCCACGAGACUGUUGAUCAGGUGAAGAAUAAAUGUUGUGAGAAAAUUAGGGUUUGUGAGAAACUUUCAGUGACUUACAGCCCUCUCAAGUUGUUAUUUAUGUAGACACACAGAGCUAUGCCGCUUUAACACGCUUUAUUACGCUUUUUUGCCUUUUUUUCAUUCGUAGGUGGAAGAGCUACAGAAGAGUUUGUCGCUUAAGAGUCAAGAACUGGAGGCGAAGAAUGCCUUAGCCAAUCAGAAACUCAAACAGAUGGUGAGAAGAAAAUUCAUUGUCUUUUAAAACGUUAAAUAUAUUUCUAGUUUCAAGUUAUCUGUGUUGUUGUUUCAUACAAGAAAAUUCACUAAGACUGUUUGGAGUAGGCUUUUAUUGCCAGUCAUUUAAGGCAAGUCGGCUUGUCAAGCUUUGAUUUCUUAGAAUUCCAAUUUUGUUAUUGUCAUGCAGGUUAAGGACCAGCAAGAGGCAGAGAAGAAAAAGGUCACAUCCAUUGAAAUUCAGGCAACAAUAGAGGUACGGAGCGAGAUACGCGAUUAAGGUGUUGAGCAGUUGUAUGAAGGCCUCAGCGGAGCCUUCAGCGGAGACCCCACAGCCCCUAGACGGCGGAAUCGCGACCCUCACGAAUGGCUCACAGUCCCACAACCUGACUAGGUCCCCAACUCAUACACCAGCGAUGGAAGAAAGGGACUUGGCAGCCCUAGAAUUUGCUAGCAAAAGUUUUCUACUUUUAACUAGAAGCCAUUGCUACGAUAAUCAACUCGUCCCCAGUCGCACGCGGAGGAAGAGAGUUACGCGAUAAUAGAGAUCUUUAGAUUUUGGGACGAUUACGAGUACGAGAUUUUCUCAGUACUAAGUAGUGCUCUUGCGUGAACCAACGCCAUUUUGGCGGGAAAACGUGAUAGCCAUCGUCAUUCUACUACGAGUUUUAGCGAGAAUGUCAUAGUGGCGGGNUAUCUGUGUUGUUGUUUCAUACAAGAAAAUUCACUAAGACUGUUUGGAGUAGGCUUCUAUUGCCAGUCAUUUAAGGCAAGUCGGCUUGUCAAGCUUUGAUUUCUUAGAAUUCCAAUUUUGUUAUUGUCAUGCAGGUUAAGGACCAGCAAGAGGCAGAGAAGAAAAAGGUCACAUCCAUUGAAAUUCAGGCAACAAUAGAGGUACGGAGCGAGAUACGCGAUUAAGGUGUUGAGCAGUUGUAUGAAGGCCUCAGCGGAGCCUUCAGCGGAGACCCCACAGCCCCUAGACGGCGGAAUCGCGACCCUCACGAAUGGCUCACAGUCCCACAACCUGACUAGGUCCCCAACUCAUACACCAGCGAUGGAAGAAAGGGACUUGGCAGCCCUAGAAUUUGCUAGCAAAAGUUUUCUACUUUUAACUAGAAGCCAUUGCUACGAUAAUCAACUCGUCCCCAGUCGCACGCGGAGGAAGAGAGUUACGCGAUAAUAGAGAUCUUUAGAUUUUGGGACGAUUACGAGUACGAGAUUUUCUCAGUACUAAGUAGUGCUCUUGCGUGAACCAACGCCAUUUUGGCGGGAAAACGUGAUAGCCAUCGUCAUUCUACUACGAGUUUUAGCGAGAAUGUCAUAGUGGCGGGAACAAUUUAUCAAAUUUUAGAAGUUUAAUUAUUAUGCAACCGAGAAAUGGCCAAACCCUCUCAAAUAAAAAUUACUGCACUAAUAUUUCAGGUGAACAAUGAACAAUGAAGCUUUCUGUGUUGAAUAUUUUUCGACAAUACGCGCAAAAACGUUUAAGUUAAAUCUCGAACUCGUAUUCGUCCUCGUCUCCAAAUCUAAAGCUCUAUAAUAGCGCGGUAACGAAGAGGGCCAGUUUCCCUUCCCUCCCCAACCCCCACCCUCUUGCGUCUCGUUUGCUCCUGUUAAUAUUUUUCAAGACGUCCACAGUUUUGUAAUGCCAUGCGGGAAAAUGUGCCACUAAUUUAUAUGGUCAAGCAAAAGACAACACAGGAACUGGAUAUUUCUUGUUAACUUCACUAAAAUGCAGUUUAAAGCUUACGCAUGAGACUUGCUCGCUCUUAUGUCGAAUUGCAUUAUGGGACUGUUUUGUUUCCCGCGCGCGCAGCUUCGUGUUUGCCAAUGAAAGAACCGUAAACGUCCAGGGUCAUCAAGUCACACAAACCUUUUCAUCACGUUAAGGCGCAACACUUCAACACAACCGCAAAAUGGCUGACAUAGAAUGCUUUCCUUGAAAUUCACGGCGUUUGAUGAUAUAUAUUUUUAAUUGCUUUCAGAAACAAACCAAAGAGAUCAAGGAAAAGCAGACAAGUGUGAUGGCUGAACUCGCCAAAGUAGAACCUGCUGUUCAGGAUGCCAAGAUGGGUAAGCCACCUAUCCCCAGUAUCGUAGUAAAAAUUCUCAUUUCUCUCCACACCUUUUAGCAUAUUGUUGUUUUUGAUACUAAAUUAAGUUAAUAGCAGUCUUAGAAAGAUUGUACACUGACUCCGUUGGAAGGUGAUUGUAGGGGGGCGUAGACCCUGGUAGUGUGGCCAACCUUCCAACAUCAUUCACAUCAUGGGUUGGGUGGUUACAGUAAGCUCAUAAAUGAAAUAAUAGCUGCUGCCAGUGGCGCCUUUGUAAGCUGACGUCCGAGGUCUGCUGUUAACAUUUCAAGAUAUAUUGUAAAGAGGACAUGUCUGUUGUCCUCUUAACCACGACUCCUUCCUUCCUUCCUUUCGGAAUGUGAAUUUGAGGGUCCCUGAUGCUUCGUUGGUAUUUGAUGCCAGAGGAAUGGACAGCCAACUUCCUUUAGGAGAGCUGAGAGAAGGAAAACAAUUUUUCUUAACCCUUUAAACCGCAACAUCAACAUGCAUCUUCUCCACACUGUUCUUCAUGCAUUCCUUAUGGUACUGCUUGAGAGAAUUUGUUCUCACAUACAACAUUUCAUCUUUCUUUAAUACUCAUGGCCUGUCUGUUUGAUGUGGCAGUGUUAUUGGUGGGAGAAAUUGGGUGUGGGUCACUAUUGGGGCUUUAAGAGUUAAUUUGUCUCCUAGUGGAGCCUGGAUUACUUCUUCAGUCCACAUUCCCACCCUAGUGUAAUUCCCAUUAUAUUUUAUUUUAGCUGUGAAGUCUAUCAAGAAGCAACAUCUUGUUGAAGUCCGUUCUAUGGGUAAUCCACCCCCUGCUGUGAAACUCGCCUUGGAAUCCAUUUGUUUGUUGCUUGGAGAACAAGCAGCAGAUUGGAGAACCAUCAGAGGUGUUAUCAUCAAGGACAACUUUAUCUCCACAGUUGUGAACUUCUCCACAGAGGACAUUUCGUAUGUAGAACAACUUUGCUUACCUUUUACUAUUUCACCUCUGGUAGGAUGCGGUCUAUCAAUAGGGAGGUUAAGAUGUCACUAUGGCGACGGCGACGGCAACGAAAACGUCAUAAAAAGCAAUAGGUUUAGAUUAGCAAAACAACAACUCCGCACGUGCACCGCGCUUUUUGUACAUUUCUUUGCCGUCACUGCACGACUACGACCUGAAUUGCCAUAUUUCACGUUUCAUCGACAACGUGAACAUACGGUGACAAAUUUCUCUUUCUCUCCUAAACUUNAAUCCACCCCCUGCUGUGAAACUCGCCUUGGAAUCCAUUUGUUUGUUGCUUGGAGAACAAGCAGCAGAUUGGAGAACCAUCAGAGGUGUUAUCAUCAAGGACAACUUUAUCUCCACAGUUGUGAACUUCUCCACAGAGGACAUUUCGUAUGUAGAACAACUUUGCUUACCUUUUACUAUUUCACCUCUGGUAGGAUGCGGUCUAUCAAUAGGGAGGUUAAGAUGUCACUAUGGCGACGGCGACGGCAACGAAAACGUCAUAAAAAGCAAUAGGUUUAGAUUAGCAAAACAACAACUCCGCACGUGCACCGCGCUUUUUGUACAUUUCUUUGCCGUCACUGCACGACUACGACCUGAAUUGCCAUAUUUCACGUUUCAUCGACAACGUGAACAUACGGUGACAAAUUUCUCUUUCUCUCCUAAACUUAAUUUCCUUCUUAAGAAUUCAACUCCAGGAAAGUUUGCCUACAUUGGACAAGGUGAGCGAGUUGGGAUAAUCGCACCGAAGUUUCAAAGAACGCGAAGUCACUUUUUAAGCGACGUUUUAGCUGCUGUCGCCGUCGUGGUGUCUUAAACUCCCUAAUAAGGCACGGGGGCCGGGGAUUUCCCAGCUACUAUGAGUAUAUCCCCUGGCAACUUUCAUAUGAAACAAAAAGAAAAUAAAACCAAGAGCAAUUCCUAGCUGUUUACUUCCCGCCCAGUAAUGUCAUAUACCCUGCAACUUGAAAUCUUGGCAGCGAGAACCCUGUAGCAUCCUAUUUGAAGAGUCGAACCUCCUCUUGCAGUCAACUCCUUGUUCGUAAAACGCUCUGUUAUGGUCCGGUUUUGGUCCUAACGAUGCAAAAAGACGUACCGCCCAAUCCCCACCUCUAAAAUACGGACACCUGUUGUAAAAUCGCACUAUCAUAGAUUUAAUUGUAUUAUAUAUCUAUCUAAUGUAGGGAGGACAUCCGUAAGAUCAUGCUGAGCAAGUAUCUUAGUAAUCCUGAUUACAACUUUGAGAAAGUGAAUCGUGCCAGUGUGGCUUGUGGACCUCUUGUUAAGUGGGCCAUAGCACAGGUAUAGAAAAUCAACUUGAAUCUUAAGCUGUCAUAAACCUCUGAGUUACCUUGUGAAGCACUAUAUGCAAUACCACAAGAUAGUAAUACUCAGUAGCUUUUAUCUGAAUGGUCUCCCUUUAGGAUUUCAUCUACAGAGUUAGAAUUAGAACCACCUUGUACAACAUGAUAAACAGUACCACAAGAAAGUACUGCCUACUAGCUUUCUUUUAUAUGGUCGCACGUUUAGUUGAGUGGUCAUCAAGUACAGUACAGUACUAAAGGAACUACCGCUUAGUAGCUCUCAUUUGAAUGGAAUGAUCUCAUCCUCAGAAUAAAUAUAUAAUAUAUUGUUUGCAGAUAAGCUAUGCAGACAUGCUCACAAAGGUAGAUCCACUGAGAAAUGAACUUAAAAGCCUAGAGAUUGAGGCCCAGGCCAGCCGAAUUAAGGUGAGUAAACAAAGGUCAACUUUGUAAUCGUCCGCCUCGAUCUUUUCAAGAGUUUUUGGGAUGAUCGAGGCGAGUCGGGUGGUAAUAUGGAAACCAGCAGUCUAGUCCCUAGGCCAGUUCGCGUUAUCUGAGUGACCAGAAAAGGUUUGGAACCGAGCACAAUAGUCCUCGGCGAAUUCUCCCGACAAGCUUGAUAGAUGACGUCACGUUACAUCCGAAAUCGCUGAGGACGACUAAGAACGAGGCUGCAGGGAAACCAGCCUUAAAGCCAUAGCGCUAUCCACCGGAUAGAUCACUAUCCAUCGGAAAAGUAUCAAGGAAACCGAUUGUGUUUUCGACUGUAUAGAGAUUUAUCCAUUGGAUCGGGUUAUCCACCUUUUAAACAACUGGGACCUGGCACAGUGGUUGUUAACCCUUUAAGCCCCAAUAUCCAAAUACAAAUUCUCCUGGCUGAUCUCUAUUCAUUUCCUUAAAUAAUUGGUUGAGAGAAUUUGUUUGCUGAUCAAAGCUUUUCCCAUCAGGUGAUCAUUUCAUUAAUUCUCACAACAUUUUCUCUCUAUUGUGUAUUGAUAUUGUUAAGAGAAAAUUGACUUUGGUCACUCUUGGGACUUUAAGGGUUGAGUUAUUGUCGGGAAGAUCAUUUGUCGAUGUUCCAUGUUAGACUUAACUCUACCUUGACCUUAUUAAAAUUUGGUUAUUAAUUUUUCCUUACAUCAUAGGCUGAUGAGAUUAGCCAGGUUAUUGCUGAACUAGAGAAGAGUAUUGCCCGUUACAAGGAGGAAUAUGCUGCAUUAAUCAGUCAGGCCCAGGCUAUCAAGGCCGACCUUGCCGCAGUUGAAGCCAAGGUGACUCUCAUUUAUAUAUUAGCAUAGCGCGCAAGAGUAACUGGUAAAUACUAUACUACUCACUAUUCAUCGACUCACCCAAACCUAAUCGGUACUUCCUAAAUGCCUCUCUUAAACCUAGCAAACUGCUGAUCGCUUUCUCACGCCACACAAUUAAAGAAUGAGACAAGAUAAACAUUUUAAUUCCAUUCAUGAAGAGGGUGAGUUACCUUUACCGUGACCGUGACCGUGUGGGCAUUCUUUGCUCAUUUGCGUCUGUACCUUUCGUUCUACUCAUAAUUAUUAAUGCUUCAUAAUUUUAGGUAAGUCGCAGCACGGCGUUGUUGAGGAGUCUGUCCGUUGAGAGGCAGCGAUGGGAAACAGGAAGCAAUGCCUUCCAAACUCAGAUGGGAACUAUCGUAGGAGAUGUGCUUCUGUCAUCAGCAUUCCUCGCUUAUGCAGGUAAUAAACGUCAACGUAUCUCCUACCUUCAAAGACAUUCGAGAACAAAAGUGUUCGUUGGAUAACAAAGCCAAAUAGUCAUUUAAUUUUUUUAUCGGUGUAGGGUUCGCUAACCAAAAUAACUUUUCUCCUAGGCUACUUUGAUCAGCAGCUUCGUCAGAAUCUGUUCACCUCUUGGGCAUCUCAUCUACAACAAGCAAACAUUCAGUUUAGGCCGGAUAUUGCCAGGGUUGAGGUAGGAUGCUAAAAAGCUACUAAACUAUGGAAGGACUGGAAGUAAGACUUUUGGAGCUUAACAACGAUUUUAUUUAUUUUAGCAAUACAUCAUUAGUAGCCUGUCCCACAGAUAGCUUCAAAGCUUACUUGUAAUCGAACCAGUAAUCAAUUCAUAGUGGAUCAUAAACAUCGGUAAAAUAGUCACAAAAUAUGUUAACUUGAGGCGCAGGUGAAUUAUUAAUUCAAACUGGUUGUAUUCCAUAGUACUAGGUCAACCAAAGAUAGCUCAGGUGGUACGAAAGGCAAAACUGAAACGCAAAAACACGACUUAACCUCAUUUUUCGUGAUAUGAAAGAUUAAACGUUAAUAAAAAGAAUCCCCAAAUAUGAGGUUCUGAUCUGUAAUGGUUUUGAAGAACGAAAAGGUUGAAGUUUCGAUGUCAAUGGCGCCAUCUUGAGCCGCCAUAUUGGAUUUACAGACACAUAAUUGCUCAGCGGAAGCUGACAGCAUGCGCAGAGGGUUUGUUAUCGAGUGAUUCUGCGUGAUACCUCGCGCGCUAUUGUUCAUAAGUACAGAGAUAUAAGUUAGUACAGACCUGGUAAGAUGCCACUAUUACUGACUAUAAACUAUGAUAGAUAAUCUAAGCAGUGAAAACGAUUUUUGUAGGAUAUUGGAAUUUGACUGACCAUGUGUGUAUCUUCACAGUAUUUAUCCACUGCUGAUGAACGUCUACAGUGGCAAGCUAACUCCCUGCCAGCAGACGAUCUAUGUACAGAGAAUGCUAUCAUGUUGAAGAGAUUUAACCGCUACCCUCUGAUCAUUGACCCGUCAGGACAAGCCACUGAGUUCUUAUUGAACGAGUACAAAGGCAAGAAGAUCAACAAAACAAGGUACGGUUAAAACAAUCGCAGAUUGUGCUGUUAACGUGGCAUUUUCAAGCAUUAUUUUCACCUCAUUAUUUUCAAGGUGUCUGACUUCUAAUACUUAACACUAUCCAGGGGGGAGGGGGAUUAGCUUGAAUUGUAUUUCCUAUACAUGAAAAGUCUCAAACGUUUUGACCAGGAUUGUAGGUUGAUUGUAACAUUAACAGUAUUGCUUACAGUUUUCGUGGUUAAUGUAACCGAACUUCGCUAUCGUUUCGUUAGUUUCCUUGAUGAUGCUUUCCGCAAGAAUCUCGAGAGUGCUCUGCGAUUUGGUAACCCACUCCUUGUUCAGGUGAGCUCAGAAAGUUUCUUUUUAAAUCAUUCAAAAUGCGAUAUUCUGGUUGUGUGCUUGGUUGAGUGAAAAUUUUCUUUCUUGUUCGAAAAGCAAAGGAAUUUCGCUGACCAAUCGCAGCAACGAAAAAUACGCUAUUUAACCAAUAAGAACUUGAGGCAAACAUUUAGCCCGCGUAAGGCGCGGGAAAAAAAGCGGGCGUCCACAGAGCAAUUCCUAUUGGUUUUGCUUUUCAUUGGUUGCUAAAGUCGAUCGAGACAUUUUAGCCAUUAAAAAAUUAACUGAAAUGUUAAAAUAAAAUAUGAGGUCAGUGGCAUUUGUUCUGUAAUAGUCUAGUUUAGGGGCGAUUUCUUACCUUGUUGCCGCCACUAAGCCUUAUACGCCACCGUUUUCAAUACGGUCCAGGUUGGAUCGAGAAGAAGAGCAUUGAUCACUGCACUACACUCACGAGUAAGCAGGGUUCUAUCUAGGAUUUAUCGUUUUGGGGGAGAAGUCCCAAGGGACCGAACGCCACGUGCUUCCUAGGGGGGUCUGUAAGCAUGCCCCCCGGUAAAUUUUUUGAACUGAAUAUGCGCUGACAUUCAAUCUGGGGCAUUUUGAGGCACAAUUUUGAGAAAUGUUACAGUGUUAUUUUAAAAAGCGUUUUAACCAAUCAGAACUCGAAGCAAAAAAUUGGAAUGCGCUAAGCGUGGCAAAAAGUGGUACGCGAUUUUGUAGCCAAUCAAUAAGCAUUCUCCAACCCAACUGAAAUGGUCUCACACUCUGUUAAUUGUUUUUUCCAACAGGAUGUUGAAAGUUAUGAUCCAAUUCUAAAUCCCGUGUUGAACCGUGAGUUGCGUCGUACUGGCGGCCGUGUUCUGAUCACCAUAGGUGAUCAAGACAUUGAUCUCUCACCUUCUUUUACCAUCUUUCUUUCCACCAGAGAUCCAACGGUAGGUGAAAUCUUGGGUUUCUUUCCAUUCAAACAUAAUACUCCGAAAAAUUGGAAAGGAUUGUGAAUGGAACGGAAGUUGUCUGGGAAAAACUCCUAGAAAAUUCGGAAAUUGGACAAUUUUCUUAGGCAAACCAUCAACCGAAAACUCGGGAUAUUCCGGGUAGAGAAUCGUAUAGAACUGAUAUUGACUAUUUUCGAAUUCCCCAUAAUACACUCUGUUUGCCCCCCAAAUUUUGCAUAACUUAUUGUCUUAAAAUGCUCUUGGGAAAAUGCAAUACUCCCAGGAGCAUUUAAAAACAAUGGUUUAUGCAAAAUUUGGGGGGCAAACAGAGUGUAUUAUGGGGAAUUCGAAAAUAGAGAAUUUGUGGGAAGGCAUUUUCUCCUUUCGCCUUUCGGGAAAACAAACAGUUCCUUUCUUUACAUAGAAUUUCAAAUUUUGAAGUAUUUAUGUAAAACCGUUUAUUUUUGUUGAAGUAGAACGUACCCCCGAAUUCAUUGGAUCAUGUUAGAAUACUUCUUGGUUCCCAGGACACCUUUUGAGAUUCUUAACAUGAUUGGCUUUUCUACUUAUAGGUCGAGUUCGCACCAGAUUUGUGUAGUCGCGUGACAUUCGUCAACUUCACGGUGACUCGUAGCAGCUUACAGAGUCAGUGCCUAAAUCAAGUGUUGAAGGCUGAGAGACCUGAUGUGGACGAGAAGAGAUCCGAUCUGCUCAAGCUGCAAGGUAACUGGUACUUUAAAAGCUAUUUUUGAACCUUGUUUUGAAAGGCAGCGUUCACUCUUAGUGCCCGGGCACAGUGCCCGAGUAUGGUACUCACUGGGCACCAAUUUGAACACACCCUUGAUUCAGGUACCCACGCUAGAAUUCGGGCAUGGUGCAUGGUGCUUAAGUACAAAGUCGAAACCUUUUAUUCGGGCACAAAAGUGAGCCGCGGGCCUUUCUGGCACGCGCUUUCUGUUAGUUCCGAGACAAUCCACUGUUUAGCUUUUCCUGCUACGCUCACGUUUCAAAAUGGCAUCUGGCCGUGCGAAAUGUCGGGUUCCACAAGGUGUGAACACCACAAUUUUGUGCCGAUACCCAAGCACUAUUGACUCUUACGAUUUUGUGGUUUUCAUUCCUAGGUGAAUUCCACCUUCGUCUCCGCCAUCUCGAAAAGUCUUUGCUCCAAGCCUUGAAUGAUGCUAAGGGAAGAAUCUUGGACGAUGAUCGCAUCAUUGCUACUCUGGAAAAACUGAAGCAAGAAGCAGCUGAGAUCACUCGUAAAGUGGAAGAGACAGAUGCUGUUAUGGCUGAAGUGGAGGCAGUGUCUGAUCAAUAUAACGCACUAUCACACUACUGCAGUAGUAUAUACUUCACUAUGGAGGGACUGAACUUGGUGAGUCACAGGAACCUCAUCCUUAAGAAUAAAAAGUCGAUUGUGAGACACAGGCCACUCAAAUUAACUGUUGACGAAUUCUGUAAAAUGUUUUAAAAACUCGAUAAUUCGUGUAGAAUAAACUUAAGUAACUUAAAAUAAUGUAUUGAGAGUUAUUAAAAUUGAUAAAACAUAGCUGCUGAGUUUUUAGCUCCUAUUACCUCGGGAAAAAAUUAAUAGAAAGUGUCAACGAUUUUUGAAAAAAUGAACAGAUCUAGAGUCACGAUGUUUAAGCCGUUCAAUAAACUUGUGUUGUGUUGGUUGUGUUUAAUUAAGUCUGCAACACUCGGCCGCCCCUCAUGUUUUUAACUUCAUGAGAUCCUCCUCCGAAAAAGAAGCUGUGGGUUAAUCAGCUUAAUAAUGCCUAACGCAGAUAUCUGAAAAAUGAUACUCCAUUCCUUAGAUUUCAGGUGAUUUUAGCCUAGAUAUUCCCAAAAGGUAUCAGUAGGUUACUUAAUAAGCGAUUUUCUUCCUCCAGGUGCAUUUCCUGUACCAGUUCUCUCUGCAGUUUUUCCUCGACAUUUUCCAGUGCGUGUUGUAUGAGAAUCCAAAGCUGAACAGCAUGAAAGAUCCCCAGCAGAGGUUGAAGGUUUUGUGCAGCGACUUGUUCCAGGUAAACAUUGCCUCCCUUCUUAUCUACUACGAGUGGCCGUUCCCACCCCCCAGAGGGAGGAAACACGACGGGUUUUUCUUCCUUCAGGCGUAGGAUGCGGGAGACCGUUACGUUCUUUCACAUUUAGUUUCGGCUUUUGCUACGCUGUGUAAUUUACGUGCUUUCCUGUAGCAAUCCGUCUAUGCUUUUUAAACCCCAACAAAGGUCAUUGUCUAAUUUCCUCUUAUAAUUUUACCGCUUAAUCAUACAAAAAGGUCUUGACAAUAAAGGAGGUGAUCACUUAAGACCAAAUUUUUUUAUUUGAACUCGAAUUCUCCUCGUCAGUAUGAUAGGAAAGGACGGGGAACGGUGCGGGAAAUAUUUGAGUUGAUAUUAGAAGUAUUCAAAAGUAGGUUGAGUUUGAUCGUCGGGGUGAACGUAGUCCUGAAUAGGACUGUUGUUGUUGACAGUGACUGACGUUUUGACAACCAGUGUGGUAGUCAUCUUCAGAGUCAAAGUGAGUUGUAUCACGUCAGUUCAUGGUAUUAUACUCUGGUUAUUGAUCUGAUUGGUUAAUUAUGUCGCGAUGUUAUUGGUCGUCUGUCAGUUAAGCCGUGAUGUUAUUGGCUAUGAAGACUCGUAAUCAGUAAUUGGUGCGGUUCGAUCCGUCUAUUGUCGCAGUUAAAGAGUCCUCUAUUGUUAGUCAAAUUGUCAGUUCUCCAAUCAUUUUCUCGUAGUUAGUUUUGCUGUUACUUGCUCAGGCUGCGGUCCGUAUUUUCUGUCAGCAAACACUCAGUAGACCUUUCCACUUUUUUUUCAACUUUUGACAUGAGUAAGUUAGGGAAAAUCCGUCGACACCAUUCGUUUGGCGCUCUUUGGAGUCAUGUCGACGUUUUCUCCCUAAUUGUCCAUGUCAAAAGUUGAAAAAACCGUGGAAGGGUCUUUAAAAUUAAAUUGAGUAUGUUUUUCAUGUUGUUUCCUUUAGAUUGUAUACAACAGAGUUGCUCGUGGUAUGUUGCAUGAUGACAGGAUCACCUUUGCCAUGUUGCUCUGUCGAAUUUACCUCCGUGGACUAACAGGGUUAGCUCUUUUUUUUCUCAAUGAGUUCGCUAAGUUGUCAAUGAGAUUGAAACCAAGAGUGGGAAGAAUUUUUCUUUUUCUAAAGGAUUAAAACAAAAUUCUGUAAUGGUCUCAACUAUGAGGUCUUACCUGUUAGCGACCAACGGAGUAAGCCGCGAGGAGAAAGGGCCAAACGUACUUUCAGGCGACACCUCUCGCCUGUCUUGUGUGAUACUUCAAAUCAAAGAAUCAGCUCGGCGCCUGACUAAAGUAUCAUUUUCUUACCAGAUCAUGGGGGAAUAGCAUUACCUUUUGCAACACAAUUAAAGAAGCACCCUCAAUCACUUUUUCAGUUGAAAUGGUUUAAUGGCUGGAAUAGUAAACCGGGCUGCUAUAGAAAUACAUGACAAGUCUUUCUUUUGGUUUGUUACACGAUGUGUACAAACCUCUGCUUGCAUGUAAUAUUGAUAUCUUCUGGUUUGGUUAGGGAGUUACUAGGUGUGUAAUGAAAAUGAUUUUAGACUCGCCAAAGUACAUCCUCGGAGACCAAGGGCAGUCAGUCGGGUCGGGAGAAAAGGCGCGACGAAAGUUUUCAAGCACAGGCGGAAGAGCCUCUGGGUACCGACUCUCACCACACCAUUUCCAAACGGUCAAGCGAAUGCUGGCUCCUGAUUGGGCGCAAAAAAAUGCUUUGUAUUAUUGUGCCCAAUCGGCGAACAACAGUGUGACUGCCCCUGGGUGCCCGAGGAUGGCCAAAGUAGGGCGUCAAAAGGGUUCUACGUAAAGAACCAGGCUGAUAUUUAGCCAUCAUCCUCAAACAAACGAUGCGAUUGGCUUAAAAGAUUCGCGCCACCUUUUCAUCCAAUCAGAAGUAAGACCAAAGCCAAUUGUGACGCGCUCGCAUGCAUUUUCCCGCGCUUUGCGUCAGCCACAUGUAAUUACUUCGAGUUUUAAUUGGUUCAAUGUAUUGUCUGUGUCCUAUGUGAUUGGCCAGAGUAAUUACUUUGGUUUUGGUUUUACGACACUCAAACCAAAACCACUCUAUGGCCUAAACAAAGUCUUCUCUCGAAAAGUGGGCAAGAUGAAUCAUCUCUACCCGCUUAGGUAGCCAUUCAGAACACAGAAUUCGCUCCACAUUUCUCUCGCGCGCAGCUAGCCAUGUAAUAAGGAACUAAUAUUAACUAAAGCUAAGGAACAUUAAGGUGUGUCAAUAGGUCGAAUCAAUAAUGUUGAUUUUUACAGUGAGACUGAAUAUGAAGAUGAGUUUGAGAUGUUUUUGCGAGGAGGAGAGACGGUUUUGUCGGGAAAGCCACCAAAAAUGGAUGGAUUUACACCUCAGCAGGUAUGAAAAAUGUUUUUCCUUUGCGAAACAUGUGCAAAUCUUUGUUAUGGAUUGCAUAAAGCACAAGCUUUGUCUAAACGUUCGUUUGUAGCAAAUUUAACGGCACCAUGCCGUGGGUUAAUCCAGGUAACCGCAAGUUUCCAUUUAACUUUUGGUGCUUCAUUUCAUGUAAUUUUCAUCUGAGUGCAUCUUAUGUUGUGUGAUAAUUUGUUUUUGUGAUUACAGUUUCUGUAGAAACAAAAACCGUUACACUAUCGAAUUGUAUGUAAGUUGGUCCCAAUUAGGAAUGCCUCGGAACGCCGAAGAUCCAGUCGAUCCUUUAUCGAUGAGUCUGUUGUAUUUUUUCAGGCUGCUGCUGUGGUUCGUUUAUCCAAACUCACAGCUUUUAAGGAGCUGCAGACGUAUAUUAAUUUGAACCGCGCGGACUUCUUUGAGUGGUUGGAGUCUGGCAAACCAGAGCGUAGCGUACCAUCCUGCUGGGACUCCAAAAUGUCUCUCAGUAAGUUGAAUUUUAAAAGUAAUAAAACCGAAAGACGUUUUUAAAGAUGAUCCGAAUAAUUCUUUCAAAACUUAUGGUUCAUGUAGCAGUUGCUAAACUUUUUGGCGAAAAAUUGAUUUCUUGGUUGCGGUGUUUCACCGUUCAUGGCUUAAAAAAAGGCUCGUCUGGUUGUCUGGGUCAAGUAGACUUUUAGCUGGGCAAGCAACUUUGUAAGCUUACUUACCUAAUACCUAAUAAGACAAGCAAGCAAUGGCCCAGGGCAGUCAAAAUGUGAAACCUGUUUGUCCAAAGUACAAACUGGAAUUCAAGGUUUUUCGAGUUCUGCAGUUUCGAUGAUAGUUACUUAUGAGAAGACAGUUCAUUUCCGUGGGACGUUUCUUAACGCACCAAGUAUUGUAAUANUUUACAGUGAGACUGAAUAUGAAGAUGAGUUUGAGAUGUUUUUGCGAGGAGGAGAGACGGUUUUGUCGGGAAAGCCACCAAAAAUGGAUGGAUUUACACCUCAGCAGGUAUGAAAAAUGUUUUUCCUUUGCGAAACAUGUGCAAAUCUUUGUUAUGGAUUGCAUAAAGCACAAGCUUUGUCUAAACGUUCGUUUGUAGCAAAUUUAACGGCACCAUGCCGUGGGUUAAUCCAGGUAACCGCAAGUUUCCAUUUAACUUUUGGUGCUUCAUUUCAUGUAAUUUUCAUCUGAGUGCAUCUUAUGUUGUGUGAUAAUUUGUUUUUGUGAUUACAGUUUCUGUAGAAACAAAAACCGUUACACUAUCGAAUUGUAUGUAAGUUGGUCCCAAUUAGGAAUGCCUCGGAACGCCGAAGAUCCAGUCGAUCCUUUAUCGAUGAGUCUGUUGUAUUUUUUCAGGCUGCUGCUGUGGUUCGUUUAUCCAAACUCACAGCUUUUAAGGAGCUGCAGACGUAUAUUAAUUUGAACCGCGCGGACUUCUUUGAGUGGUUGGAGUCUGGCAAACCAGAGCGUAGCGUACCAUCCUGCUGGGACUCCAAAAUGUCUCUCAGUAAGUUGAAUUUUAAAAGUAAUAAAACCGAAAGACGUUUUUAAAGAUGAUCCGAAUAAUUCUUUCAAAACUUAUGGUUCAUGUAGCAGUUGCUAAACUUUUUGGCGAAAAAUUGAUUUCUUGGUUGCGGUGUUUCACCGUUCAUGGCUUAAAAAAAGGCUCGUCUGGUUGUCUGGGUCAAGUAGACUUUUAGCUGGGCAAGCAACUUUGUAAGCUUACUUACCUAAUACCUAAUAAGACAAGCAAGCAAUGGCCCAGGGCAGUCAAAAUGUGAAACCUGUUUGUCCAAAGUACAAACUGGAAUUCAAGGUUUUUCGAGUUCUGCAGUUUCGAUGAUAGUUACUUAUGAGAAGACAGUUCAUUUCCGUGGGACGUUUCUUAACGCACCAAGUAUUGUAAUACAAAGACUAUGGAGACCCGUAUCGACAACAGUUUCCGCAAAAAAAAGAUUAUUAUUAAGUCAGAAUUGGAUUACAUAUCUCCGUAAGCGACUUCAUUGGCUGAGAGGAUUCAUAUACUUUUUUCUUUGAAGCAAACAUUGGCCAAAUUAUCCAUGAGCUGCUUGUGAUCCAGGCCUUGCGACCUGACCGUAUAAUGGCGAUGGGACAUAGGGUCGUGGGAAGGAUUCUUGGUGAAAGCUUCAUGCAUGAUGCCGAGCAAGGACUGGACUUAGCUUCCGUAGUGGAGCAUGAGGUUUGCUUGUUUGCUUUUUAUUUGUAUAUGUUUUUUUGUUUGUUUGUUCGUUAUUAAAUUCACUGUAGGCCUUAAACAGUCCGUAUUAUUGCGUGCUUGGUCUGUAUUUGAUUAAUGACCUCAAAGGGCCUGCUGCACUGGCUCGCGUACGUGGGGCGUUUUCGAUUUUAAAUUCAAAGUAAUUUCAAAGUUGGUUCCCUUGGAAAAUGCUAAAAUAUGCCAAACCAACUGUGUGCAAGAAAUCAUUUCUUAUUAGUAGGUCGUUUUCAUAUCGAUCUUAUCGUUCUUAAUUUUUUUUGUGAAGAUUAUGGAGAAAUUUGCUGUCCCUUAGUGGAGUUAACUAAGUGGAUAUGCACUAAAGCAUCCUUUGCCACGUAGAGCCACCCUACAAUGUAUAUAAACAAAAUGUGCGCGUUUUAGAAAACUUCAAGGGCAUGUGUUGCCAAGCCGCAUGUGACAACAACAAAUUCUCCCUGGCGAAGUAGCAAAGUUAUUUGAUUUCUGUUGGUUGAAAUGCCUUUUUGUGUCGCUUACAGCAGUACAGGCGAAUUAUCUUUAGGCAGGUCAUUUAACCCUUUACUGGUAGCGAAAGAAAAGAAAUUCACACAAAUCGUAAAAAACAAAUACUAUCAUAGAACAGUUCUGUCAAAUAGGUUUCAUUUGAAUGGUAACACUAUUGGGUUUACUCCAAGGAUUUAAAAGUUAGAGUCACAGUUUUACCAUCACAUUGUCUAGGAGUGAGGGGUUAAUGGAAAAUGCAGUACAUGGGUAACCACGUUCUGUUUGAAUUCAACAGGUGAAGGCGAAUACUCCUCUACUGAUGUGCUCUGUGACAGGUUAUGAUGCCAGUGGUUGGGUAGAUGAUCUGGCAGCAGAACAAAACAAGCAAUGCACUUCCAUUGCUAUUGGUAAGAGAUGGAACUUCCCUAAGAUCUUGGCCUGUAACAUUUGAGCCUUUGUAGUGCUCGGGAAUGUAUAUUUUCGCUGUUCACUGUCCUGUGUAUCUAGGUGACCUGUGGCCACUUGCCUACCCUGUGCUUUGGCUGUUAACUCUCCUGUGUAUUUCGGUGACCUUUGGUCACUUGCCUACCUUGUGCUUAUCCACUUCACUGCGUUAAACGUUUCCUCGGUUUGGUUUUGACAGGUUCUGCCGAAGGAUUCAGUCUUGCUGAUAAAGCCAUCAACUCGGCCACUAAAUCUGGCAGGUAAGUGUUAGUGUAAGAAUCGUAUUCGGUUUGUAGAAGAGCAGCACAGCAGUAAAAGCACUGCUCUGUAGCUUUCAUUUGAGUUGUCACUCUGAAAAGAUUUCGUGCACAAACUCAAAAGUUUGAACCACUUUGUACAGCAUAAUAUACAGUACCACAGGAAAGCACUGCUCAGUAGCUUUCAUUUGAAUGGUCACGCUUUUGGAAUUCAGUCACAAACUCAAAAGUUAGAACCUCCAACAUUUCACAGCAUGAUAAACAGUAUCACAGAAAAGUAUCGCUUUGCCUAUUCACAUUUUACUCCUGUUCUUUCUCCGACCCUGAGUAGACUUAACCCUUUAAGUUCCAAUAGUGACUAACAUCAAUUUACUCCUUACAAUAUCAAUAGACAAUCAAGAGGAAAGGUUAUGGGAAUUUAUAAAAUGACCGCCAAAUGAGAAAUGCUUUGAUCUUUUAUCAAGUUCUCUCAACUCAUACUUAAAGGAAAUAUAUAGAGAUCAGUUUGGAGAAUUUGUAUGUGGAUAUUGGGGCUUAAUAUUUGGUUCCUCUUUACUUUAGAUGGGUUUUGCUGAAGAAUGUCCACCUGGCGCCUCAGUGGCUGGUAACACUGGAAAAGAAAUUGCACACCUUGAACCCACACGCUGCCUUCAGGUUGUUUAUGACCAUGGAAAUCAAUCCAAAGGUAUACUCUUGAUCUUGUAGACUUGGGGAGCUUUCAUUUAAUUUGACUGGGUUGGGAACGGGGUGGGUAGAGGUCAAAGUCCGUUGACAUGUCUUCAAAAUAGUCCUAACCCCCACCCCUCUGUAGUCAACAAAACAAUUCACACCCCCUACAGAGUAGCCUGUGUCAGACAAGCUGUACACAGGUUAUCUACAGGGCUUACCAAAGAAUACAGACCCCCACACCGGUCAUAAUGAAUCAAAGCCCCAUAUAUCAGUCCCAUGUAAAAUGAACAAACUUCAAGCCGCUUCACUCAUGUUUUGCGACUUAACUUGCGGACAAGUGUAUCGAUUAUUGUGUUAACGGGCGAACAAAAGUUCUCUUGGGUAGACAUGAGAUAAACCAGACAUGGAUAAAGCAAAAUGGAACAUUUUUAAAAAUCACUCAAUUGAAAAUACUGUUUUUGUUACAACAGGUUCCUGUGAACUUGCUGAGAGCGUCUCGGGUAUUUGUAUUUGAGCCUCCGCCUGGAGUCAAAGCCAACUUGUUAAGAACGUUCAGCGCUGUGCCAGCUACAAGGAUGUGUAAGGUAAGUUUCGUCUGUGAAAAUCUUGCAGAGGGGAAGUACCUCUUUUGAGUUGGAACUGCACCAGGGUUCCCACGGGUCGUGGAAAACCUGGAAAUUUGAAAAUUUAAUUUUCCAGGCCUGGAAAGCCAUGGAAUUUAAUUGUCAGUCCUGGUAAGUUGUGGUACUUUAAAGUCAUUUUUAGUAUGUUAAAUGUAGUCGCUGCUAAUGUCAAAGCAAGGACAAAGUUAGAUACAGUUGUAGAGACGAGUAAUUAAACAUGGCGAACAGCACGCAUUUUAACUUAGUUAAGUAAAAAAAUACCCUAAAACAAGGAAGGUUUGAAAAAUUUCGAUACUGACAGCUAAACCUAAGGUCAUGGAAAAAGUCACGGAAAUUCACGGGAUUUGAAGAGCUCAAAGAGAAAAAACAGAACUUUUUGUGUGAAAGUAUCAUUAAAACUUGUGUCUUCCUGAGGUGAAUUUCAUGUUGAAGUUGAGGAUGUUAUCCAAUAUUUUGUUAAUUAACUGGUAAUCACGUUUUGCCAUUUUAAUUUUCUUAGGCCCCCAGUGAACGUGCCCGUCUAUAUUUCCUGCUCGCGUGGUUCCAUGCCAUUGUUCAAGAACGCUUGCGUUACGCUCCUCUUGGUUGGUCCAAGCGUUACGAGUUCAGCGAGUCUGAUCUGCGAGUGGCGUGUGACACACUAGAUACCUGGUUAGAUGCAGUUGCCCAGGUGUGUGACUUAAGGUGUUUGUUUUUCAGUAACGCAAUCGUAAGAGUAUAUGGUCACGGUGAUAAAGUUUUCAAUGCCUGAAAUGUAGAAGUACAUUGUUGUUACAAAUUUUUGUUGUAGAAGAGUGUCUAGUCUAGUUUUUUCGUGGUCAACAACAAUUUUAUCUGUUAGAAGUUGUUUUGGACACUCCUUUUUCUGAAAUCGAAGAUUAAGUGAUGGUGAAUUUCAAAUCUGUACGCGAAAAUCGUGCUUAAAUUCGUCUCCGUUUUGCUUUUGUUAGCUUAAAGUGACCUAACUCACUCAAAAGUGUUUUGUUUUGCUCCUAGGGCCGUACCAAUCUGCCGCCCAACAAAGUUCCAUGGGACGCCCUUCAAGCUCUUCUGUCUCAGGCCAUUUAUGGCGGGCGCAUCGACAACGACUUUGAUCAGGUUUGAAUUAAGCUCUCUCUUUAGGGGAAAACACAUGCUUUUGUCAACGCGUUAUUGAAGCAUUAUUUUCGUCCUCUUUUAGCGCCUGUUGACUUCCUUUGUGAACCGCUUAUUCACCGUCAGCAGCUUUGAGUCUGAUUUCCCAUUGGUUCUUGAUGUGGAUGGAGAAAAAGGCAAGAAAAUUGUCAUGCCAGAAGGAAUCAGGUACGUUUUUAAGCUCGUUCGGUUUAUCCCUUUCUAAGCCAAAUACUUAAAUGAUAAAGAAUUGCCAAAGUGCUGGUCGAAAUUUAAACAGCAAGUCGCGUAUCCACUCGAUAUUUGGUCAGCAGUUUAGUAUCUUGGCUCAUGCGCUAAUCUUUUUUGUCCACAUUUCAGCGUGUGCGUGGCGCGCUAUCCAACGAUUUAACUUCCUCUUUCUUAAUCCAAAGCAUAAUCGGGCCUUUACUCGACCUGAAACUUGUAUUUAAUUCUUUUAAUGGGAAAAAGGCUUCUGUACGACCUUUUUGAGAUUUUGCUGGUAAUUUCCUCACUAGAUUAUCUGGUUAAGUUUACAGGGGUUGUUAUCAGGCCCAGCUCCAUAGGCAAAAAAGCAAGCAGCCUAUAAGGGAUGGAUUUGAAAAUUCAAUCAUUUAACUUUUUACAGCUGUUAGGAUCUUUAAGCAGAAUAAUUUCCUGACCUCGUUUUUUAUCAACUCAUUUAGACGUGAACAGUUCCUGCAGUGGACUGAAGCUCUUCCGGAUGCUCAGUCUCCCUCGUGGCUCGGCCUGCCCAACAACGCAGAGAAAGUUCUUCUCACUACUCAAGGUAUUUUAAGUUACCGACCUUCGUCACGAUAUUCAAGGCAACACAAAUGAGUUGUUCGACUUCCCAAGGGAAGUGGAAGCAUCCCUCAGCCUUGUCUGGCCAAGACAGGUUUGAUGUGGGUGGUAAAAGGCGCAACAUCGCUAUUCAACUCGUUUCGCGUGUUUUGUUGUUGCCCGUUUUACCGUACCUUAAUGCAUGCUCUAUAAUUUUUGCCACUCAUCACUUAUAUAUUUUUGUGCGCUCACAAGCACUGGGAACACUGGGAUGGGUAUCAUAUCCUGGGAGAAUGUAUCGAUGCAACCCUAGCCCCUUUGAGCGAAACCGGACUGUAAACUGAAUGAACAUCGUUCACUUUAAGCCAGCUGUAUUCUUAUUUUCAAUAUCUGUGAAACCUCUGAAAGACCGUGAUAUCGUUUUUAUUUAUUCUUGAAACAUAUUUUACGCAACACUUACAACACCCUAUUUCCCAUCUGUAGGCCAAGACAUGGUUACUAAGCUACUGAAGAUGCAGAUGUUGAGUGAUGAUGACGAGCUUGCCUAUUCCCCAGACUCCGCUAGGUAAGUAUUGACCGUGACAACCCAAUCUAAGAUUGGUAACCGCUCUUGAUUUCAGUGUUACUAUUUAGGAAGGAAAUAUAGACAGGCUUAAAAAAACUUUCAUAACUUGGUAAAAUUGAUUCUUACAUUUCUUUUCAAAAGUAACGACUUACCGUGACGUCCAAGCCUAACAUUUGUAAAAAGAACGAUAGUCGGGUGGCCUUUGAUAAUUACUCGUCAAUUCAACACAGACAACAUGUGAUCCAAAAAGAUGCAAUCUGAUUGGCUCAGCACACGCAAGGUCUUUACGCGCCCAGUCAUUGGCUGGCUUAGCGACAACGCAAUCCUAGUAGUCAGAGCUUAAAAACGUUACUGAGUUUUUCAUCAUUUUGAUCGGUCAGUUGAACCUAGCGUUUUCCAUAUCGAAGUGUUUCUGGUUUCAACGUCUGAAGAAUGAGGAAAAGAAUAUUGGAAGGCCAUACGAGAAUCGCGUUUUCUAAACAAAUAAGCCAUAAUUCAUUUGUUUUAUUUUCACAGAUGAUUUAGCUGUAAUCUAUAAGCAGGAUAUAAUUUUAAAACUUUACCUCAACUUCGUAGCUCAAGUAACCUAGAUAGAGCGUUCACACUAUUAAAAAGAACUAAGCAUUCAAUUGGAAAAUCGACUAGUUUUAUAAUCUGAUGUCCCUAAUCUCUUGAAGUAUAUGAACCUUUCACAUUUUGGUUUUAAAUGAUUGCUGUUCUUUACGAAUUCUCUUAAUUGACGUACCAUAACAUUGAUUUUAAUAACCUUUGCUCUGUCAAAAUAUAAACAGUAUUACUAUUUGUUUUGUUUGUUAACUUAAAUGUUAUAUUUUUUUUGUCUCCACUUUGGUUAAUUUUCGUUUAAAUCUGUUCACUUUAAACUGCGUUCACUUCCUACAAUUCACGCUUUAGUUUUACACAUCCGUUCCUUCACUUAUCUCUAUGCUUACCUGCUUCCAGCUUUUAGUAUCCUGAAAGAGCAUUGUUUUUAACUCUGAACGUGCAGUGAUGAAGUUGAUGAUUAAAACCGCUCUCUAAAUCAGGAGAUUUUCUUUACGUCUUCACCAGCGUGGGUAAACAACAUUUUCAGUCACACUUAGGCCUUCAGUUACAGGCACAAAAGGAGAGCCACCUUGCACAGCAUAAUAGACAUUACCACAAGGAAACUAUUGGUCAUCAGCUUUCAGCUGAAUAGUCACACUUUAGGAUUUUGCCCACAGGCGCAAGUGUUAGAAUCACCCUGUACAGCAAAAUAAACAGUACCACAGUAGAAUACUGCUCAGUAGCUUUCCGUUGAAUUGUCGCACUUAAAGAUUUCACCCAUAGACUCAAGUGUUAGAAACACCUUGUUCAGCAUAAUAAACAGUACUCAGCAACUUACUGCUCAGUAGCUUUCAUUUGAGUGGUGUGUGCUUUAGGCUGGCUUACACAGCAUCAUAACCAACACUACAGAAAAGUACUGUUCGCGCUUUACAACUUCGUUUCGUGGAAUCUUUUUCUGCAAUCUUGAGGAGCAUUUGUUCUGCCAACAAACCCGAAAGCAAUAAACCAUCUUGUCUUCUGGCCUUUCCAGUCUUACUAAAAUCUCACGAGGAGUCCUGGCGUCUUUAACCGAGAAAGAUAUUUCCGUCUAACUCUGUGCUCUCAAUCUCGAAAUCCUCCGAGUUUUGAAAUCUUAAAAUGUAAAACCUUCAUGCAUGUUAAACGUUUUAUUUAAAGCUUAGGCCAGCCUCUUGAAGUACCUCUCAUACACGGGAUAUAUGGUGCAGAGUAAGUAAAGUAAAGGCUUUUAUAAAAUAAGCAUAAUCUAACGGGCACUACAAUUGGCUAAAAACUAUUGGUUAGUUAACCAAUCACUCUGGUUGUUCUUUUAGUAAACAGAGCGGAAAAGUAUCAUCCGUUGUUAUAGCAAAUUAAAGUUUAAUUGUUAGACAUUAAACGAAAUACAAAUCGCUUUUCUUACAAAUGGAGAGUGGUCUAUCCCUCGACGCCCCCUUCCCCCUCACCCUCCGCCUUUCCAUGGCAUUCUGCCAAUUUGAUUUUUGUGACGUCAUACUUUGAUUGCCGCUAUCGCUAAUUUUGUAUAAAAGGAUGGCGGCGACCUUUUAGUGUCCUAAAAGUUGAAUUUUUAAGGGGAGGAGGACGAUAGUUACUAAGUUUUUUAAUUUCCUUACAAUAGCACGAGGAAAGGGUGUCAAAUUUCGUGAAAGCAAGAGAAUGUCAGCUAAGGAUAUAAGUAAAGUGCUUGCUUGCAUACGUUGCUUGUACACUUAACCAUCACUUCAGUUUCAACAUGCAUAUGCACAGCAUUCGUUUAUUCAUUCUGCCGACCCAUUAUUUUUGUUCUUCCUGUUUAGAACUUUUUUUUGUUUUUUUCAUUGUGGGUAAAAAAUUUAUUGACUUUAAAUUCAAAGUUAUGGUCAAGAGGUGACUGUUUUAAAAGUAAGGUUAAAAAGGUGAAUAUUCUUAGAAUGGGUGUUGUAAAGGGCUAAUGGUUAUGUAAGUGAUUAUACCAAAACAUGUUGGUUAUUAAAAUAGUUUUUAUCCAAACAGACCACGAUAAAUGCGACUUAAAACUAUGGCUUUUGCUUCAACUGACACAUUUAACGACUGUGGUCGACGUCAAGACCAAGACCCUGUUUACAUGGAGUGGGGGACCCCGGUCUAGUGGGGUAGGUUUCUUUUGUUUUGUGUCCCUCAGAGCGUGAAAACAAAAGAAACCAACCCCACUAGACCGGGGUCCCCCACUCCAUGUAAACAGGCCCUAAGACUUUCCUCGACAGCAUAUUAAACAUCACCAGAGAAAAGUACUGUUCAGGAGCUUUUAUAUGCCUGGCGACGCGUCACCAUUUCAUCCAUAGAUUCAAAAAGGUAGAGCUACCUUGUAAAGCAGAAAAAAAAAACAGAACCGCAAGAGAGUGCUGCUCAGUAGCUUUCAUUUUUAAUUGUCAUACCUAUAUUUUAUCAGCAAGAAACGAAGAAGUUAGAACCAUUGUGUUCAGCAUAAUAAUCAGCAUUCCCCACUCCUCAAACUUUAGGAAGAAUGGGUACAAGCUUUGGGUACAGUGCUUUGUGGGAUCUUUUGCGUGGAUAAACGUUAGUUAUCAUUGGUCAGUGGUAUCUAAGGCAACCGUUAACCAGUUACAAGUAACGCUUGUCCAGCCAAAUCAGGAUCCCAGAAAUCAUUGCGCCGAAAGCUUGUACCCAUUCCCCUUAUUUCUAAAGUGGGGAAUUAACAUUUGUUCCAACUUCCCUUUGUGUUGUAGGAAACAGAGGCGAGAGAGUGACCCCCGUCCCGCCUGGAUGAGAACCUUGCACUCAACAGCUGCAAACUGGCUUAGUAUGAUACCAAAGGUACAAAAAAAUACUCGUAAAGUACACGAUUCUGAAGCCUGAUUCACACAGUAAGAUUUUGCAGGGAGAUAAAAAAAAAAUGGGAAGUGUUGUGUGCCUUCCCUUGCACUGAUUUUUGACCCUAAGUUGAACGCAUGGAAAAGGCUUAGAUUUUCUUUGCUUUUGCACGAUUGCACUUUGUUAUUAGUUGUCAAAAGUACAUGUAAUACCGCAACCUUAGCCAAUCAAAUUGAAACUAACUCCAAUUGUGACUAGGCCUAUCGGGUUUUCUUUCUCUUGAUAGCAGUUACCUAUAUACACGUAUUUCUGAAGUUCGAUUACCCCAUGAUUGCCUAUUUCAGAAGCGAAUGGGAGAAGGGGUACAGGCUUUAGGUGCAGUGCUCUCUGGGGUCGUGUGAGUGGUCAAACGUUAGUUAUGAUUGGUCGAUGGUAUUAAACCAUAACCAAUCAUAAGUAAUGCUUUCCCAACCAAAUGAUCCCAGAAAUCUUUGCGCUGAAAGCUUGCACCUAUGCCUUCACGGAAUAGUGAAUUGGAUUGUUACAUCUAUUUGUCAUCGGCAAGUAAGAUUGACUGCUUUGCCCUUUCACUCUGCCAUUUCUCGGUUUAAAACCAAUCUUACUCGUGUAACAUUUUUUUUGUAGGAUUUGACGCCGUUAAAACGAACAUUGGACAACAUCAAAGAUCCACUUUUCCGCUACUUUGAACGUGAGGUAAGUACCAAGUAUCCCUUGCAGUUUUAAAAAAAUUGCGCCAUUAAUGCGUCGUCGUCUUGUUUGGGUAGAAACUUCGGAACUUUUACGGUAAUUUAUAUUCUUGGAUCAUAUCCUCGAAACCUUUUUGCUUGACAAGAUUUGAUAUUUGAAGAAAUAAGUUAAAUUUAUUACUUUUCUAGGUCAAUACUGGCUACCAGCUUUUGAAUACCAUCCGAGAGGACCUUAAUCAUGUGGUGCUCGUUUGUGAAAGCCAAAAGAAGCCUACCAAUUACCUGAGGAAUCUUAUGAGCGACUUGGUUAAGGGUAAGAGUCGCUUUUUUUACACUUACUAAGAAAAUAAUUAUCAUCUACAGUACCAACUUAAUUACCCAGUUAAUCACCGGUUCCCGACGGUCCUACGGGAGAUUUUUUAGCCAGUGCCGGGCUUUCAUCAGACGGAAGGGACGUCGCGAGAACAAGUCAAGCGAGAUAGGAUGUGCGUGAUGUCAGGGAGGGGUCGGUGGCUCCUUCGCUUUUUUCGCAUGAGUUUUCGCGAUCGCGAUCUCUGCAUAUUACUGUCUUGGAGCCUGAUACAGGCUAGCGAUUUUUAAGCCAAUCCUCAAACGUGAAAGUGCAAAACAAAAAAAAAACAAAAUUACUUUCGAUAUUUACAAAUGUAAGAAAAACCGCGUUAGAUCAACUGUCGUUCCUUUGUGUAAUUUCAGGUAUUUUGCCAUCUAACUGGAGACGCUAUACCGUUCCAAAAGGCCUGACAGUCCUUCAGUGGGUAGCAGACUUCAGUGACCGAAUUAAGCAGCUUCAGAAGAUCUCCCAUGCUGCCAACACGGGUGGAGCCAAGGGCCUUAAGGUUAGCUUUUCCGACAUUCAGCCAAAAACCAAAAAAAUGAUAAUAAUUUUAGCCUUCACCACAGACGAAACCAAACCCCUGGGUUAAGUUCAUCUGCGAGCCAGCGCCGAAAUUCUUUUUCUGGGCCGCCAGUUUUGUACUAGAAUUUGAGUACGCACCAUAAUUGGCCUGUUAAGAAAACGAUUGUUCGACCGGUUCGCAGACGUUGCUGGUCGUGAGUUGCUAGCCUGCGACGCAGGCUUUUUUUAAUUGUUGCAUGUGUGUAAAGGAAUGCAGUUGUUCUUUGCAUCUUAAACCCUAUGACUGAAAAAAAGAAAUCAUAAAGAAGAGAAAAGACCUCUAUUGUUGAACAAAUUCUCAUCACUACCUUAGGAAAUGUGCGGAUAGCAGUGUGGAGAAUGUACAUCAUGCUGACACUAAGGCUCCGCCCUUUAGGCCCCAAUAUCCACACACAAAUUCUCCCAACUGGUCCCCAUACCAUUCCUUAAGAAGUUAUUUAAGAGAAGUUAAUAAAAGAUCAAGGCAUUUUCCAUUUUGUGAUCAUUUUGUAAAUUCUCCUAACCUUUUCUCAGGAUUAUGUAUUGAUAUUGUCAGGAAAAACUGUUUGUCACUCUUGGAAGUUAAAUAGUUAAAGAGUUAACUUCCUAAAUAGACUGUGAAUGCUAUUGAAGAAGCAUGACAUGUUACUGAAGCAGCGCAAAAAAAUCCCUGGAUUCUCUGGCUGUCGCUCGGAGAAAAGUACCCUUUUUUGCUUUACAUCCUAUCGCUUGUCUAAAGUUGUUUUGAUUUUGCUCUUAGAACUUGCAUAUUUGGCUGGGCGGAAUGUUUGUCCCUGAGGCAUACAUCACAGCAACCCGUCAGUUCGUUGCACAGGCGAACAAUUGGUCCCUGGAAGAACUAACAUUGGAGGUAACCUCUUUCUUUUUCUCCUUUUUUUUGUUCUUUCCUUUCUCUUCUUUCCCUCCCCCCGCCACCCCUAUAUUUUUCAUUCGUCUUCUUCUUUUGUCUCUGAUUGAAAAAACUCAACUAAAGAUAGUGCAGUAUUUAUAUUUAGUGAAAGGUAGUGUUCUUCGUCUCGUGUUUAUUGUAGGCCUGUUUAUCGUUAAUGUCACGAAAGUAACUUUCUUACCCAUUGUACUUAACAAAAGAUCUCUACAAUAAACUUGUUGAACCGAAAAUUCCUUCUUGUUUGUCUUUACUCCUCGCUGAAGUGGAGAAAUUAUCUUGAUUAUCUUUUUUAAAAAAUCUCUUCUAAGGUGACUAUUGCAAAUGGACCCGACGAUCGCCUUACCAUUGAUGACUGCAGCUUUGGAAUUAAAGGUUAUACUCAAGUAUUAGCUCUUAACGUUAAGUGGCAAAAUAGCUAAAAUAAGCUAGAUGUAUGAAAGAACCGCUUUUAGUCUGAGUUAUCAGUAACAUCAAACUGAAUGGUUCAUAAUAAAAUACAAUCAGAAAACUAAUAUAAUUUGAUCACCAACACCGUAAGGGAGACAUGUGGAACGUCUAGAACUCCUCCAGGCUUUUCUUUUUCGAUGACUCCAUGUGCAGUCUCCUUUUGGUGUCGAGGCUGCAGGAUUCAGUUCCCUUAGAGUGGGAAGACGGGGCGAAGAGUGACCCUGGGAACGAGAUUGGUUGUCUUUCAGUCAUUUUAAAAGGGUGAUUGAUUUCUCGCAGGACUUCGACUCCAAGGUGCCCGUUGCCUUGACAACAAGUUAGAACUGACAGCAACGAUUUUGACUGAUCUGCCGCUGACCAGUCUGAAGUGGAUCAGGUAAAAAAUGUUUUAAUGCGUUGUUCAAUUGAUAUUUUUGUUCUGCGGCCUCGUGAGCUCUUUCGUUAGGAUAAAAGAUUGCUGAUCAUUGUUGGUAGAGGAAUUUUAUAAUUAUUGCUAAAAAGGUCUAAAAAUGUAGUCAAGGCGGUGUAGUGUUUGUUGAUGCCAUGGUAUUCUUUGAAGUGCCAGUGAAAAGAGGUUGACGCAAGGAUAGACAACAAAACCCUUAAUCAUUGCAUUCUGUUUUUUUUCCCUUCUUCUUUAGUUACUGUUUGAAUUUUUUCUUUUUUUGUAUUGUGCAUUUCUUUAACUUUACCUUGAGGCAGUUGCGGUUUAGAUUAAUCCCUGUUGCUCCGCCGACUUUCUGAGCUUGGCCACCUCCUUUAAGAUCUUACAAGGUGGCAAUUGAGCUUGUCUAAGGACAGCGAAAGGCUUGAUAACAUUCUUGCGUGUAUGUCAGGUAUGUAUCUGCCAUACAGUCAUUGAUCGCGUAUUUUAUGGUAUAUUUUUAGGGUUGAACCGGGAACUGACCAUUUACUCGAAGGAAAGGUAUGUGUAACUGUUUUAGUUAUUAACGUUUAAUUUAUGUCCUGUCAUAUCUUAUAUCUAGCCGGAUUCUUGAAAACGAACGUGCCGAAAUCUGCUGUCAUUUGAGUGCAAACUUUAAGAUGCUAAAAAUCAGGGGUUUUUUGCGUCCGAUGUGCCAACGAGCGUGACAAUAAUUUUGUUUGAAAAAAACUUUUCGCCCAACUUCACCCUCCUUGAAACAGAUCUUUUUGUAAAAGACCCGAAAACAUUAAUGUAAGUGAAGAUCACGACAACACACGCAAGUAAUAGCCGUGUUACGUUUUUCACCCACAAGCGUUGUGCCGUCUUUUUCUUUCUGCAGGUCACCCUACCAGUGUAUCUCAAUCAAACACGUACCGAGCUUCUGUUCACUGUUGACAUGGCAACUAGAGGUGAACCCGCUGGUCGAGAGCAUCGCUUUUAUGAGCGCGGUGUGGCUUUCUUAGCAUCUUCCCUGAGUGGUUAA